AUGCAUGCAUAUCUAUUUCUUCUACUUCCUGUCCUCUUCCUGGUUCUCCAGCUCCUCCUACGGCUCAGUAGAGCGCUCUUUUCUCCUCUAAAGGCUAUCCCGGGUCCUUUCUGGACUAGAUUCACCUCGCUAUGGUACUUCAGCCGUGUGCGUCACGGGCAAUUUGAGCAUGAAAAUAUCAAACUGCAUCAGCAGUACGGUCCUAUCGUCCGUAUCGCACCCAAUCAGUAUAGCAUCAGCGAUAUCUCUGCCAUUAAGACUGUUUAUGGAACCGGAUCUCAAUUCGCAAAGGCGGCCUGGUACGAUGGCUGGAAACAUCCACAGCAGUGGACCUUGUUUUCGGAUCGCGAUAUCAAGCGACAUGGCGACACUCGAAAGCGAUUCGCCAAUUUGUAUUCUAUGAGCUCGCUGGUUCACUAUGAGGCUCUCGUGGAUCAUUGUGCAGACUUGUUCACUGAUCGCCUCAACGAAUUUGCCGAGAAUAAGAAUACUUUCAACCUCGGAUACUGGUUUCAGUGUUACGCUUUCGAUGUUAUUGGAAAUAUCACGUUUGGCGAGCGUUUCGGAUUUCUCGAUCGAGGCGAGGACGUAGACGGGGCUAUUGAAGCCGUGCACAAGGUCAUGAUCUAUAGCACCCUUGUGGGUAUCUAUCCCGAGUGGCACCCUCGUCUGUUCGGCCUACUCAGCAAGUUCAAAUCGUCUGGUGCGGGCGGAAGAAACUACAUUCGCCAAUUCGUUGAAGAGAAGAUUCGAAAGCGUGAAGCAAAGAAACCUGACCCCGAAGCACCGGAGACUUUGCAAACGCAAGACUUCUUGGAGAAAAUGAUGGUAGCGCACGAACAGAACCCAGAAAAAGUCACGAAAUAUCAUCUUUUCAUCAUGGGUCAGUCGAACGUGACGGCCGGAUCGGACACGACUGCAAUUAGCUUGUCGAGUAUUAUGUGGUAUCUGCUGCAGAAUCCGGAUGCUCUGCGCAAGUUAGUUGCGGAGAUCGACGAUUUCACGGCAAGGGGUAACGGAAACAUCACCUUCAAAGAAAGUCAGGAUAUGCCUUAUUUCCAAGCCGUCAUGAAGGAAGCACUGCGAAUGCAUAGUGCUACUGGCCUGCCAAUGUGGAGAGUGGUUCCAGCCGGUGGUGCUCAGAUUGGUGAUCAGUUUUUCCCUGGAGGUACCAUUGUCGGUGCCAAUACCUGGGUUGCACACUACGAUGAGCGGGUCUUCCCCAACGCAAAGAAAUUCCGGCCCGAGAGGUGGCUGGAAGCAGAAGGCGAGCCGGACAAGUUGAAAGAAAUGAACCAGAUGUAUAUGCCGUUUGGAUUGGGCUCGAGAACGUGCAUAGGAAAGCAUAUCUCCAUCCUCGAGAUGUCAAAGUUGAUCCCUCGUCUUCUUCGGGAAUUUGAAUUCACCCCCCUCCGAAGUAACUGGACCACCCAGAACACCUGGUUCGUAAAACCUUCCGACUUCGAGGUCCGGGUUCAGAGACGGGCGAAGUUAGAAGCAUGA